ACUUCUGAUGUCACAAUGGGGCCGGCAGUACUAUUUUUGUCAAAGCUGUCUAGAAACCAACCAGAAGUUCAGGAGGAUCUGCAAAGAAGGAUGUGGAAGAAAGAAAGAAAGAGAAGCCAUCAUCAGCCUAAGAUCAAAGCAGCUGAAGGAGUUUCUGGUACAGGACAAUAUGUGGAGCUAAAUUCAGCUCAGGAUCCUUCAGCGCCCAAAUCCAUUCAAGUCACAGAACUCCGGAGUAACCUAGUAUUUGAAGAAAUUAGCCGUCGGGUCAAAGAGGUGGGCAGCCAACUGGUCAAGAAGGUCAACGCUAUAUUUCAGUUGGACAUUACUAAAGAUGGAAAGAUCAUUGUCCAGUGGACGGUUGACUUGAAGAAUGGAUCUGGAGAAGUAUACUCAGGAUCAGCAAGGAGCCCACCAGACACCGUGUUUACUAUUCCAGACCAUAUUUUUAUGGAGCUGGUGCUAGGAAAAACCAAUCCUCAAAGGGCUUUUUUUGCUGGUAAGCUCAAAGUCAGUGGCAAGGUGAUGCUGGGACAGAAGCUGGAAAAGAUUUUCAAAGACUGUGCUAAAUUCUAAAAGAGGAAAAAAGACCAAGAGAGUGACCAAGACCAUCUCUUAAAUUUCCUAGCCGCACAGAAAUAGUGCUCGAACUGAAGAUUAAAAAAAAAAAUCCAAUAUUUUUACUCAAAUUCUUCCUAUACGAGUUUUGAUCUGCUGAUGUGUAAUUUGCCACGGGUGUGUUCCUAGUGCAGUAAACUAUCUUGGAGUGAAUGGCCUUAAAUCUUGGUUUCUUUUUCCAUUCCGCUGUCACAAUUAAAUUACUCUCAGUGGCAUAAAAUUGGGCAACAUGGAAA